AUGGGGGUGCCGGAUGUGGAGCAGGCUAAGAGACGACUCCAGGAUAUUCUUAGGAAAGCGCAGAAGCUCGAGAUCCCCCCGCAAGAAGUGAUCUCGACGAGGACCGCCCAGAAGCUUCUUGCCAGAACGAAGAACGUCCUGGCAUGGACCAUCUGGAUCACCGCUUUUCUCGUGCUGCUCACCGGUGUGGUGUACGCGCGCUGGCCAACGAGACAGGAAGUCGAGACCAUUAGGACUGUUCUCAGGCGAACGUGCUCCGGAGCAGCUUCCGGUGAAUUUUCGGAGCGUGUGGCGGCCCUUUUACACUCCUCCACUCAAGACGACUGCUAG